UUAAAAUUAUUUUUAAAUGUUUGCAGCGUCCUCGUUAUGGGUGCCCUCGCGUACAGAAGCAGCCUUCAACAAUUUGUACUUUCAACUCCUUUAAAUGAAAAGAGCCGAAUCGACAUCGACAGCGAGCGCGCGUGCUUUCUUUUUUUUGGCGUCCAAUUUGGUGUGCCGGUUGCUUCUGCUGUCUGCAAGAACAAUGCUCCCUACCUCGUGUGGAAAAUAACAAGCCUGAAUAUUGGUAGAGGCGGUAGUACGAAACGCAACGCCAUCUCAUCUGAGAGCAAGGUGGCGAUGAAGAAAGAAGUUGCGGGAUGCAUACAUACAUGAAAUUACGCUCUCAUAUGCAUUGAGGUCCACCUGUCCAGCAAAUGCAGAGGGUGCAGUUCCAUUAAAGAUACCAACUGCAGUAGCUCUGUACCUAUGAGAUGGAUAAAUUGUGAUCUGAAGUGCUCACCACGAUCUGUGCAAGCCAUCGUCUGUUUGAAUUCCUAUUGUGCCAUCAAAGCUUCCAGGAACACCCAAGCUGAAGGAACACUGGACACACUCACACAAGCAAAAUGUCAUCUCGCUUCUCUUCAUACCCUCAGACCUUCUUACAAGACGUUAAUCUGGAGUAACACCUCUGCAUCUACACCUGCAAGAUGCCAUUUCAGUGUCAUUUGUGUCCUCAAAUCUUGUCUCACCGGAGUUCUCUGAACCGACACCUGCGCACCCACACAGGCGAGAGGCCAUUUGAGUGCCCUUCGUGCCCUAAACGCUUCUCAGAAAAGAGUGAUCUGAACAAACACCGGUGCACCCUCACAGGUGACAAGCCGUUUGAGUGCCCUUCAUGCCUUCAGACCUUAGAAAAGAGUGAUCUGAACAAACACCUGCGCACCCACACAGGUGACAGGCCAUUCGAGUGCCCUUGCUGCCCUCAAAGCUUCUCAAGAAAGGAUCAUCUGAACCAACACCUGUGCUCCCACACAGGUGAGAAGCCGUUUGAGUGCCCUUCAUGCCUUCAGACCUUCUCACAAAAGGGUAAUCUGAACCGACACCUUCGCACCCACACAGGCGAGAGGCCAUUUGAGUGCCCUUCGUGCCCUAAAAGCUUCUCAGAAAAGAGUAAUCUGAACGAACACCAGCGCACCCACACAAAUGACAAGCCGUUUGAGUGCCCUUCAUGCCCUCAAAGCUUCUCACGACGCGGUAAUCUGAAACAACACCUCCGCAUCCACGCAGGUGACAGGCCAUUUGAGUGCCCUUGCUGCCCUCAAAGCUUCUCACAAAAGCAUCAUCUGAACCGACACCUGCGUACCCACACAGGUGAGAAGCCGUUUGAGUGCCCUUCAUGCCUUCAGACCUUCUCACGAAAGGCUAAUCUGAACCAACACCUGUACACCCACACAGGCGAGAGGCCGUUUGAGUGCCCUUCAUGCCUUCAGACCUUCUCAGAAAGGAGUAGUCUGAACCGACACCUGCGCACCCACACAGGCGAGAGGUCAUUUCAGUGCCCUUCCUGCCCUCAAAGCUUCACCCUAAGGAGUUCUCUGAACCGACACCUGCACCUCCACACAGGCAAAACGCCAUUUCAGUGCCCUUCGUGCCCUCAAAGCUUCUCACGAAAAAGUAUUCUGAACCAACACCUGCGUACCCACACAGGUGAGAAGCCGUUUGAGUGCCCUUCAUGCCUUCAGACCUUCUCACAAAAGGGUAAUCUGAACCGACACCUGCGCACCCACACAGGCAAGAGGCCAUUUCAGUGCCCUUCCUGCUCUCAAAGCUUCACCCUAAGGAGUUCUCUGAACCGACACCUGCACUUCCACACAGGCAAAACGCCAUUUCAGUGCCCUUGGUGCCCUCAAAGCUUCUCACAAAAAAGUAUUCUGAACCAACACCUGCGUACCCACACAGGAAAGAUGCGAUUUGAGUGCCCUGCGUGCUCUCAAAGCUUCUCAGAAAGGUCAAAGUUGAAGGCUCACAUCCACUUCCACACAUGAUGUGAGGGGCUGUUUCAGUGCCCUUCAUGUCCUGAGAAGUUGUUGCGCAAGUUUGCACUGAACUGACACCCGUGCAUGCACAGAGGCGAGAGGCCAUUCAGUGCCCUGUGAAUCAAUGUACAGGUUCCCAAGCCACUUCACACAAGAAAUUGUUGAUGCAAAAAAAAGUUCCAAGUGCACAGGUUUCAUAUGUAACCGUCGCGUCGGUGUACCAUUUGUAAAAAGAAUAUUCUUUCCUGAGUACACGUGCUGUGCAGCAGUGCUAAAUUGUACGCACAACUCAUUGUUUCUUCUUGUUUAUCAUGUUUUUUCAUGGAAGUGCACACACGUACUUGUUAUUGCUCUGAAUAAAAUAGUUUGAAGUUAGCAUUUGUAUCUGGUUCUUUCUCCUCUAAGUCAAUUUUGCACUUCAACUCUACUCAUUGAUUAGCAACUUGCCCGCUCCCAAUUGUUGCUGAACUUUUUGUCUUAGACUAAUGUUUUUUUGCUUGUUCUUUAGAUAUACGAGUUAUUGAAUGUCUUUUCACUGUUCAUUAUUAUGAUGCUUAAGCUCUUUAUUGUAUUGCAUAGAAGCGCUUCUUUGCUACAUUCAAG